AUGUCUACUUUCAGUUUCUCUUUCGCAGGAGACGACAUAGAAGAAGAUGCUACCACUUUGAAUCUUCCACAUUCAUCCCCACCCUCAAAGCAUGCCGCAGAAACGGGAUCCCUCCGACAAGCCCCCAAACCAGCGUUCCCAGUCACGGGCCAGCCCUUGCUACCACCUCAAGAACAUGAUCUAGAAAUCAUGCUAAAAGCACUUCCGUCCAAAAUAGCAUACAGUACUCUGGUUGUCAAAUUGGAUGACGGACAAGUCAUAUCUAUUCCAAGGAGAGAACUUUGGGAUGUUAGAGUACAGCUGAUGGCUGAAGAAGAUGAUGAAGGCUUGGGAAACUUAGGUCAGGACGACGUGAGGACGGGAGUUUAUGAAGGCGGUUUCAAAAGCUGGGAGAGCUCAGUUGACGUAGUCAAGGAACUACACAAGAGAAGUCAAGAGAUUUUAAAAUCUCCAGGGCGUGUUCUAGAGCUUGGAUGUGGAACUGCACUGCCAUCUCUAGCCAUCUUUCAAUGGAUAUUCCAGAAUUCCCCGUCUGUGGGAGGUUUCGACCUUGGUCUUGCCGAUUACAACCCUACCGUUUUGCAACUUGUCACGCUGCCAAAUAUCCUAUUAUCGUGGGCACAAGCGACGAGAACAGGGUCAUGGGAAGCUGAAGGAGAACUCGAAAUCGAUCCUGGGGUGCUGGAACAUUUCCGUGCCUCUUUAGAAUCGUUCGGCAUCAAAUUGUCUUUCUUCUCUGGUGCGUGGAGCCCUGAAUUUGUGAAUCUAGUGGACCAAAACUUGAUGUCACGUCCUUCGAGACUCACUGUCAUUGGGGCUGAGACGAUAUACUCACCAGCUGCUUUGCAAUCAUUUGCAGAAACUCUGAUGAGUCUACUGAGGAAAGAUGUCUCUGUUGGGAAAACAGCUUUCAUAGCAGCGAAGAAGGUUUAUUUUGGAGUAGGGGGCUCCAUGGAGGAUUUUUGUGAUAUCGUGAGUGCAAAGGGAGGGGUCAUCGAGCAAAUCAGGGAAGAAUCAGAUGGAGUGAGGAGAGCCGUUGUCGGAAUCACAAUACCGCCUUGA